UAAAAAUUAAACUAUAAAAAGUAGUUUAAAAUUACGAACCUUAUUACUUAUUUUGUAACUACGAACGCCAUAACAAACGCAAAGUCAAUUUGGAUUAAUAUUAUUUUCACAAUGCGAGCUUUUAUCAUUGGAUUUUUAGCUACUUUGGUUAUUGCUAAUGUUGCUAGCGCAGCUGAAGCUCCAAUACGUCAUCCUAAUUGUCCAUUAAAUGAUGAUCCAAUAAAUCCAACUUUAUUAUCAUAUCCAAAAGAUUGUAAAAAAUUCUAUAAGUGUUCUAAUGGUUUAGCUUAUCCGCUAGAAUGUCCAGCUGGUUUACAUUGGAAUGAUAAAGCAAAAAUUUGUGAUUGGCCAAGUGUAGCCAAUUGUAUACCACAAAAAUUUCUAAUGAAAUUUCAACAAAUAAAAGAAGUAAAAGAAGGUGGUAUUAAACAUAAAGAUUGCCCAGAAAUUGAUGAUCCACAACGACCAAAACAUUUACCAUAUCCAAAUGAUUGCACAAAAUUUUAUAAAUGCUCAUAUGGUUUAGCUUAUCCAAUGAAUUGUCCAUUAGGUGAACAUUUUGGUGUUAAAAUUGAUAGAUGCGAUUGGCCAAUAGUUGCAAAAUGUGAUCCUAAUGCAGAAACUACAACCGAAAGUACAACUCAAUCUACAACUGAAAGUUCAACUGAAUCUUCAACUGAAAGUUCAACUGAAAGUUCAACCGAGUCUACAACUGAUUCUACAACUGAAAGUACAAUAAAUCCUACCGGGUCAACACCAUCAACGACUCCUGAACCAUUACCACCAGGUAUUGAUUGCAGUAAUGUUCCGCAUGGUACCCUUUAUCCGCAUCCAGAUGAUUGUCAAAAAUUCGUUCAUUGCGAUAACGGUAGAGGUGCAGUCAAGCAUUGUCCAGGAAUUUUAGAAUUUAAUCCAGUUCUUCUAGUUUGUGAUUGGCCAGAAGUUGCUGGUUGUAAAAUAAAACAUUAAAAUUUAAUAACAAAAUAUUUGUUAAAAUAAUUUUUUAAAAACGAUGAAAUAAAUAUCUAGAAAUUGAA